AUGCACGACCUCAGCGGGCCGGGCGCCAGUGUAGCAGAGGAGCUGGUAGCAACCAGCCAGCUGAAUCACUGCGCAGUCAACAAUGCUUCGACGCUCCUACCUCAGGCGGCUGGGACCGGGUCUUCCUCUAUCCAGCUCACAACUGCUAUUGUGGAUGACGAGCCGCUCCACCCGUGGGUCUACGGCUUUGAUGGUCAGCCUAUCCCGCAACAGGAAUUUGAUCUGGAAAACGGCGGCGAUUGGGGUGUAGCUGGGGAGAGUCUUGGGCCAUCAUCGACCUUUCCCGGACAGAUAACCGCCUUAAACGGUUGA